AUGUUUUCCAGCCUCGGAAACCCGCGCCAGGCGGCCGGGCAGGUGCUCAACUUUGCCCUGAUCCUGUCUUCGGCGUUCAUGAUGUGGAAGGGCCUCUCCGUCGUCAGCGACUCGCCCUCGCCGAUUGUUGUCGUCCUCUCGGGCAGCAUGGAGCCCGCCUUUCAACGCGGCGACCUGCUGCUCCUCUGGAACCGCAACCUGCUCACAGAGACGGCCGUGGGCGAGGUCGUCGUCUACAACGUCAAGGGAAAGGAUAUUCCUAUUGUGCACCGUGUUGUGCGCAAGUUUGGGUCUGGGGACAAGGCACAGCUCCUCACCAAGGGCGACAACAAUGCCGGCGACGAUACCGAACUCUAUGCCCGCGGGCAGGACUACCUCGAGCGUCAGGACAUAAUCGGCAGCGUCGUUGGCUACAUACCGUUUGUUGGCUAUGUGACGAUUAUGCUGUCGGAGCACCCCUGGAUGAAGACGGCCAUGCUGGCCAUCAUGGGUCUACUGGUCGUUUUACAAAGAGAAUAA